AUGAGGACUCUGAACACUUCUGCCAUGGACAGAGCCGGGCUGCUGGUGGAGAGGGCCUUCUCCUUCCGCAUCCUCACCGCCUGUUUCCUGUCCCUGCUCAUCCUGUCCACUCUCCUGGGGAACACGCUGGUCUGUGCUGCUGUCAUCAGGUUCCGGCACCUGCGGUCCAAGGUGACCAACUUCUUUGUCAUCUCCUUGGCCGUGUCGGAUCUCUUGGUGGCUGUCUUGGUCAUGCCCUGGAAAGCUGUGGCCGAGAUCGCUGGCUUCUGGCCCUUUGGGUCCUUCUGUAAUAUCUGGGUGGCCUUUGACAUCAUGUGCUCCACCGCGUCCAUCCUCAACCUCUGUGUGAUCAGCGUGGACAGGUACUGGGCUAUCUCCAGCCCUUUCCGCUAUGAGAGAAAGAUGACCCCCAAAGCAGCCUUCAUCCUCAUCGGCGUGGCGUGGACCCUGUCCGUGCUCAUCUCCUUCAUCCCCGUGCAGCUCAGCUGGCACAAGGCAAAACCCACCAGCCCCCCCGACGGGAAUGCCACUUCCCUGGACAAGACCAUGGACAACUGUGACUCCAGCCUGAGCAGGACGUAUGCCAUUUCCUCUUCCCUGAUCAGCUUUUACAUCCCCGUGGCCAUCAUGAUUGUCACCUACACCAGGAUCUACAGGAUUGCCCAGAAACAAAUCCGGCGCAUCUCAGCCUUGGAGAGGGCAGCGGUCCAUGCCAAGAAUUGCCAGACCACCACCACCACCGGGAACGGAAACCCCGCCGAGUGUUCUCAACCGGAAAGCUCCUUUAAGAUGUCCUUUAAGCGAGAGACGAAGGUUCUGAAGACUCUGUCGGUGAUCAUGGGGGUGUUUGUGUGCUGCUGGCUGCCUUUCUUUGUCUUGAACUGCAUGGUGCCCUUCUGUGGGUCCGGGGAGACACAGUCCUUCUGCAUCGACCCCAUCACCUUCGAUGUCUUUAUGUGGUUUGGGUGGGCUAAUUCCUCCUUGAACCCCAUCAUCUACGCCUUCAAUGCUGAUUUUCGGAAGGCGUUCUCCAUCCUCUUGGGAUGCUACAGACUCUGCCCUACGGCCAACAACGCCAUAGAGACGGUCAGCAUCAACAACAACGGAGCCGUGGUGUUCUCCAGCCAUCACGAGCCGAGAGGCUCCAUCUCCAAGGAGUGCAAUAUGGUUUAUCUGAUCCCACAUGCCGUGGGCUCCUCCGAGGACCUGAGAAAGGAGGAGGCGGGCGCCAUCGCCAAACCUCUGGAGAAGCUGUCCCCGGCCCUCUCGGUCAUCUUGGACUACGACACUGAUGUCUCUCUGGAGAAGAUCCAGCCCGUCACGCAGAACGGACAGCAUCCAACCUGAGAUCCGGGGUGGAUCCUGCUACACGUGCAUACCCCCCAAACUAGACAAUGUUCCUCUGCGGCUUGCACUUCAGCCACUAAGGUAUGGUGAGAUUGUCAGCCUUCAGGCGGGCCCUCUGCUGUUUUCCUUACGGACGACGAAUUCUAUUUUCAAACACAUCCCAGUCCAUUGGCUGUGUUCUUCCUAGUCACACAGGGACCCGUGGGAAGCCACGGGAACAUGUCUUUGCCUCCAAAGUUGUUUUCAGAGACUUCUUCCAUCUUAAGA